UCUAGAUUUGGUGAGGGGAAGCACGUGGAUGAUUUGCACGAGAAUGGAAAGAAAGAAUAGUUAGCGAUAUGAAUGUGAAAAAUGGAAGGAAGAAAAAUGAAUAGAGCAGUGAUAGUGAUGACAGUAGAAUAAAGAGAGAGAGAGAGAGAGAGGGUGUGAACGAGGAUGGGUGAGAGUGGGGACGAGGCUCUAACCCCGGCGGGGAGGCUGUUCCUGCAGGAAGAAACGAAGCAAGUAAUCCACUGCGUGAUAGGGCUGAAGAACCCAAUCGACGUGGAGUUAGUGAAAUCGGAAGUGCGGAAGUCAACCAUGCUGCAACACCCACGCUUCAGCAGCCUGAUGGUGAGAGACGAAAGAGGAGUGGAGCACUGGCGGGCCACCGAAGUGGAGAUUGAUCGGCACUUCCGCGUAAUCGAGGAGGCGCUGGGCGAGGAAGGGGAUGAACGGGCCAUCAACGGUUACCUUGCUGAACUAUCCAUAGACUGCGAUGGGCUUAGCAUGGAUAAGCCCCUCUGGGAAAUCCAUCUGCUCAUGGCCCACAACUGCCUUAUUUUCCGAAUCCAUCACGCCCUUGGUGAUGGCAUUUCCUUGAUGUCCAUGUUCCUCGCCAGCUGCAGGAAACUCAACGAUCCCCAAGCUCUCCCUGCCAUCGCUUCUUCUCCGUCUACCCGUUCAAAUACGUCUAACCCUCCCUUCAAUUUCUAUAAUCUCCUCGUCAGUCUCUGGUUUUCUUUCCUAUUUGUCCUCGACUUUAUCCUCAGAUGUUUCUGGGUCCGUGACCCCAAAUCCUCCAUCACCGGUGGCGCCGGCGUUGAGCUCUGGCCCCGCAAAAUUGCUACUGCCACUUUCUCUCUUCAAGACAUGAAGACCGUCAAGACUGCCGUUAAUGCGACCAUAAAUGACGUUCUAUUUGCAGUUAUAUCGUGUGGGAUAUCUAGAUACUUGGACUCCCGAGCACAUAACGGGCUGCGAGACGGUGUUCAGCUAACAGGAUUAGCUAUGGUGAAUUUAAGAAAGCAGCCAGGGUUGCAGGAAUUGUCCAAUUUGAUGAAAAGCAAUUCAGGAGCGAGGUGGGGUAACAAAUUUGGUAUGAUUCUGCUGCCAAUAUAUUACCACAAAAGCAAUUCUACAGAUCCUUUAGAAUAUUUGAAGAGAGCUAAGGCAACGAUUGACAGAAAGAAACGAUCUCUGGAAGCCAGUUUCUCAUACAAAAUUGGGGAUUUUGUAAUGUCCACCCUUGGUCCAAAGUUUGCUGGCCUUCUAAAUUACCGGAUACUCUGUCACACCACCUUUACAAUCUCAAACGUGGUAGGUCCACAAGAGGAGAUUAUGAUUGGAGGCAAUCCUAUAACGUUCUUAAGGGCAAACAGUUCUGCCUUGCCACAUGCGCUGAUUUUGAAUAUGGUGAGCUAUGCUGGAAGGGCAGACAUGCAAGUGCAGGUGGCCAAAGACAUCAUUCCUGAUCCCGAGUUUCUUGUCAAGUUCUUUGAAGAUGCAUUGCAUGAAAUGAAGGAGCAGGUUACGGCCAAAAUCUGACUUUGUGGAGAAAUUUGAUUUUGAUAAAUGUGAUAACAUUACUGUAUGUGAAUAUUGAGAUGCUUACUAUCACAGGCAAGUAAUUUACAUUAUCACAACAUUUACUUAAAUGUUAUAUAGGACUUAUUUGUGAUACAUUCGUCUCUCUCUUAAGUUCCACACCGGUGGCAUAUGUA